GUGAGUCGGAUGCUGAGCAGAGCCCUUUACUCUCCCCCCUUCCUCUCUGCAGAUGGCCAAUUUCCGACAAUUCCUCGCCGGAAUGUCUGAUUCCACCUAUACCUAUAAGAGAAACAAGAAGCUCUUCUUGUCUCUCCUUGCUUCUUUCCUACUUAUAGCUGCUGUAAUCGGCAUCGUCGCCGGAGUCAACUCUAGCAACCGAAGGUCUCACGACAUUGGUGGAGCUUCGAUUGCAACAAGCCACGCCAUUCUCAAAUCCUCUUGCAGCAACACGCUCUAUCCGGAUUUGUGCUUCUCCGCCGUCGCCAGCGUCCCAGGAAUGAGCGGCAAAGUGUCCAGCCAGAAGGACGUGAUCAUGCUGGUUCUGAACCUCACCAUCGCCACCGUGGAGCACAAUUACGUCAUCGUGAAGAAGCUCGCGAAGGCGGCGAACCUGACGAAGCGAGAGAAGGCGGCUAUCAACGACUGUCUCGAGAUGGUUGACGAGACGCUCGACGAGCUCCGCAAGGCAGAGGAGAAGCUCAACGAAUAUCCGAGCAAGAAAUCUCUCCGGAACUACGCCGACGACCUGAAGACCCUAGUGAGCGCGGCGAUCACGAACCAGGAGUCCUGCCUCGACGGCUUCUCGCACGGUAAGGCCGACCGGCGAGUGCGGAAAGGCUUGAUCGGUGGGGAAACGAACGUGGAGAAGAUGUGCAGCAACGCGUUGGCGAUGAUCAAGAACAUGACGGACACGGACAUGGUGAACGAGCUGAAGAUGAAGCCGGCGGGAAGGAAGCUGAAAGAGGAGGGGGGAGGGUGGCCGGACUGGCUGUCUGCCGGAGACAGGCGGCUGCUGCAGUCGAGCACGGUGACUCCGAACGUGGUGGUGGCGGCGGACGGCAGCGGAGAUUACAAGACGGUGUCGGAGGCGGUGGCGGCGGCGCCGGAGAAGAGUAGCACGAGAUACAUAAUAAGGAUUAAGGCGGGAGUUUAUAAGGAGAAUGUGGAUGUGCCGAAGACGAAGACGAACCUGAUGUUCAUGGGCGACGGCAGAACCACAACGAUCAUCACUGGAAGUAGAAACGUCGUCGACGGCAGUACAACCUUCAACUCCGCCACUGUCGCCGUGGUGGGCGAACGCUUCUUGGCGCGGGAUAUAACGUUUCAAAACACGGCCGGCCCCUCCAAGCACCAAGCCGUUGCUCUCCGCGUCGGCGCUGACUUGUCGGCGUUCUAUCGCUGCGACAUGAUCGCCUAUCAAGACACGCUGUACGUCCACUCCAACCGCCAGUUCUUCGUCGGCUGCUACGUCGCCGGCACCGUCGACUUCAUCUUCGGCAACGCCGCAGCGGUGCUCCAGGACUGCGACAUCCACGCCCGCCGCCCCAACUCCGGGCAGAAGAACAUGGUCACUGCCCAAGGCCGGACCGACCCCAACCAGAACACGGGCAUCGUCAUACAGAAAUGCAGGAUCGACGCCACCUCCGAUCUUAAACCGGUGAUUAGCAGCUUCCCGACGUUUCUGGGGAGGCCGUGGAAGUUGUAUUCGAGGACGAUGGUCAUGCAGACGGCGAUAGGGGCCUUGGUUGACCCGGCGGGGUGGCACGAGUGGGACGGCAGCUUUGCGCUGGACACGUUGGAGUACAGAGAGUAUCAGAACAGUGGGCAAGGGGCCGACACCUCCCGGAGGGUGACGUGGAAGGGUUACAAGGUGAUUACGAGUGCGGCGGAGGCGAAGCCGUACACCGCCGGGGAGUUCAUUGCCGGCGGAAGCUGGCUGGGUUCCACCGGGUUUCCGUACCAACUUGGGUUGUGAGAUAUCGCGAGUUCGUAGUGUCGGGUCAUUGUCGGCUUCUACUUAUUAAAUGUAUGGUGGGCGCAGUUGCAGCAGGACCAGCAGGCAGCAGCUGCUGAAAUAAAAUUGUAGGGUAGUCAGUGGAUUAAGUGUGAGACAAAUAAGUGGAUUAUUCCAGAAUGAGAAAUUGACUAGUGGAUGGCGAUUAGAGAGAGAUUGGAUAAUGCUAUUUGUCCAGGAGUUCUUUUAUGGUGAUGAGUUCUUUUACGGUUAAAA